GUGCACUAUGGAAAUAAAAGUUAUUGAAAAAUUGCCUACCGAUGGAUAUUUGAAAUUUAACCAAGAUCAACUUAAAAUUGUGAGAAAAAUAUGUAAUAUGGAGGACCCCGGAAAAAUAAAACAAGGUGCAGAAAUAUUGAGAGAUUGGUUGCAGAAGCAGGAAUACUUCAUCAAGAAGGAUUACUCUCAUACCUUCUUCGAAAAAAUGUUGGUGAUCACCAAAGGAUCCGUGGAGCGCGCAAAAUUACGCUACGAGAAACAUUGCACUUUGAAAACAAUUUGGCCGCAAUAUUUCAUCCCUACUGAUGUCAAUUCAUUUAGAAACGAUUUUCAAUUAUAUCAAAGCAUACUUCUACCCGACGUGACCGAGGAGGGUUGCAGAGUGAGUUUAUCCAUAUUCAGUGAUGACGUAACACUGGCUGCUGACCUACCUAUACGCAUCACCAAAUUUAUUGUUAGUAUAUGUGAAUAUGUCAUUGCCCAUGACUACCCAAAUGGAUUUGUAAUUAUUUUGGAUCAUCGGUUCAAUAAUUUAUUAUUGUUAAUAAAAUCUGCUACUCGAAAUUUUACUAUUCUUCAGCACUGUAUAACAAUAAUAUUGGAUGAGAACCCGGACCUUCUGCUUCGUAGGCAGGGUCACUACUAA